AUGUCGGACGGCCUCAACGAUGCCCGCGCCAUGCGCGUAGCCGAGAUCAUGACCGACUUUCGCAAUCUCCAACACUACCUGGUCCAAUUGCGCGCCACACCCACGGCCGAGGAGUACUAUCUGGACGGAUACUCCCUUCUCCGGCAGUGCACGAGCGAGGCCCAGGCCAUCCUCCAGACGCCAUUCGCCAGCAGCACCAGCUCGGGAGCCGGCGACCCAGAGUAUGAGAAAAGGCAACUCAAGGCUAUCAUUGUAGAUGCAGCCGUACGCCGAUUCCAAUGCCAACGCGCCUAUCUUCGAGCCAAUGCUGGGCUUCGGUGGAUGAACAGCCGUCAAAGCAUCCUGCGUGGCCAGAAGCCCAAUGCCAGUCAUCUUGCAGCACUGCAACAAGCUGAUGCUACAUUGAGAAACGAGCUCAUGGCCAUGACGGACGCCUAUGUCGACAACACGCUGCGUGCUGCAGACGCCGCCCAGGGAAAGUGGCUCAACGAAGACCCUUCGCUGGCCCAAAUCCAACAGAUCAUCUUGUCUCGACGAUAA